UAUUUCUCUAAUCCAAAUCUUGUCAUUCGGGGCUACUCCAGAUUUAUUACGAGUCAAUUAUGUCGCUGAGUUCCUGGAAACAAGUAAGGUACAGAGAUUGUAAAUCACUUGUAAUCUACUUAGCCGCUUUUAUUUUGGCCAUUGGUCCGGGCAUAACACUCCCGAAUGAACAGUUUCAGCCACAACUCUAAACUGUGUAGCUUAUCUACAGCGCUACGUGAGGUUAUAGAUUCAACUCUCAGGAUAGAAUUUCCGGCGCAACUUUACUUUGGUACGCAUUACAAAGAAAAGUGUAUACCGCAAUGUUCCCCUUUGACAUUUGUGGCAUUAUAAAACCUGGUCAGUUCCUCCCUUCUGGUACUGGCAGUUUACGAUUCAACUAAAACAUAGAAAACCACAGAUCCAUGCCAGAAACUGUUGAAUUAUUAGGACAAGCUUCGGGAUACGGGGUUCUUGUCGGAGUUGGGGCUUUAUUUGCCAUCGGCAUCGUUGUCGCGACUAAAUUGUCUUCUAGGUACUUGGCAGAGAACUCUCAGUCGACAGAAAUGUUUAUGGUGGCAGGCAGAAAGGUCGGUGUGGGCUUGACCGCCAGUGCAGUGUACUCCAGCUGGACCUGGAGUACCGAGUUUCUUAUGGUCACCACCAUGGUUUACAACUACGGUGUAAUGGCUUCCUUCUGGUACGGUGUUGGGUUGUGUUUCCAGAUUUGUCUCAUGUCCUUGUUGGGAAUGGAAGCCAAGAAGAAGAUCCCAGCUAGUCACACGUGCUUAGAAAUCGUGGAGAUAAGAUAUGGCAAGGCUUGUCACAUUUUGUACAUGAUUCUUUGCCUUGUUAACAAUAUCAUUUCUUGCUCAGCGAUGAUUUUAGGUGCCUCUGGUGCUAUCUCGGUCAUCGCUGGUAACAUGCAUAUUGUUGCCUGUACCAUGCUCAUUCCGUUCGGAGUGUUGUUAUACACCACCGUUGGGGGUCUCAAAUCGACAUUCUUGACAGACUAUGUCCACUCGUUUGUGGUUUUGGUAGUCAUGUGCUACGCUGCUACAUCUGUUUUGACUUCUCCCGAGAUUGGGGGAAUGGGUGGCUUGUAUGACAAGGUUAUCGCCCAUGACGGUGAUAGAUACAUUAAGGGAAACUUCCAAGGAUCUUUUUUGACGGGAAAAUCCCAGGGUGCCAUUUUCUUUGGUAUUGUUCUCACCAUCGGUAACACCGGCCUCACCGUCAUGGAUUCGUCGUUUUGGCAGAAAAGCUUCAGUGCCGAUCUUGAUGCCUCGGUUCCUGGCUACCUCCUUGCUGCUGGAACCAUCUUUGCCAACGUGUGGCCGAUCGGCACCAUUGUCGGACUAGCUGCAAUUGUCCUUGAGAGCACUCCAAUUUUUCCAACCUACCCAAGACUCAUGUCGGCCUAUGAAGUUAAUAGUGGCUUCGUUCUCCCGUACACCUUCAAAGCCGUAAUGGGUGAUAGUGCUCUUGGUGCGGUGUUGUUGAUUCUCUACCUCGCAGUCACCUCUACCGCAAGUGCUCAGAUGAUCUCGGUGAGUAGUAUCAUCUCCUUUGAUAUUUACAAGAAGUACAUCAAGCCAGAUGCGACGAAUAAACACUUGAUCAACGUUUCGCAUUUCGGUGUCGUCUUUUUUGGUCUUUUCGCUGCAGGGUUCUCCCUUGUGCUUCAUUACGCAGGUACAAACAUGACAUGGUUGACUUACUUUGUCUCUAUGGUCAUUUGUCCUGGGGUCAUUCCCUUGGUAUUGACAAUCAUGUGGGAUGGGCAAACGAGAUUGGCAUCUUUCAUUUCUCCCAUCAUUGGGAUGGUUUCCGGCAUUGCCGUUUGGUUGUCCACGGCGUACCAUUUCCAUGGAUCGAUUUCAAUCCUUUCAACUGGCGAUCAAAUCCCCUCUCUCUAUGGUGGUUUAACCGCAAUCUUCUUGCCAGGGGUUAUUAGCGUCAUUGUGAGUUUGACCAUCAAUCCUCACAAAUUCGACUGGAAUGAGUUUAAGAGGGCUCAACUUAUUGUGGUGGACCCACAGGAGGAUUAUAUAGACGAAGUGCAGUUUGUGUCUGAAGCCGCCAGCAAAGAAAAGGACGAGCCAGUGGUUGUUGCCACACUGGACGCUGGUACCCCCGCCGAGCAAGCUUCCCUUGAGACUGACUUGGAGGAUGAUGAAGUCAAGAGGCUAAAGAAGCUCAAUUUUUAUAUCAAAAUAUCCCGUAUUGCCGCUGUGUUUGUGUUUGUGGUGACGUGGGUUGUUUGGCCUAUGCCUUUGUACAGAGAUUGGAUUUGGAAUAAGGCGUUCUUCAAAGGCUGGACAACGAUGGCAAUCCUCUGGCUUUAUCUCGCUUUUGUCAUCAUUGGGUUAUUUCCGUUAUACGACGGUCGGCACUCUCUUGCAAAGGUUGGCAGAGGUUUUUAUCGUGAUUUUAUCGUACGAAAGGGCAAGCAGGCGUCGAGUUAAGAAUGGAUAUGGCGCUAGUUCAUAUUAUCCAAUCGGUGUCGAUGAUAUCGGUUUAUUAUAGCUAUCGUCAGACCUUAGUGAAAAUAUAUCAGGAUCCACCGAUAAUGUAAAAGGUUAUUCUUGGCUUGCGUCUAAUGACUUUUAUUGGGAGUCUUUGGCCGGAGCAAGAGUCUUCGUUUAAUAUAUAUUGGACUAGAUUACUGAAUUUUUCAAAGAAUUUGGGAAACAG